CAGUAGGCUCUAGGGCUAGGCUACUUCAAUUAACAAUUUACAAAAAUAAAUAGGCUAUCAAAAACUAAACUUAUUCACUAUCACUAUUUCACUAAGUUUAAGUCAUAAGCUUAGUUAAACUGCUUAUUAUCUCAUGUUCAAGAAAUAAUAUUGAAAAUUUUGUCAAAGUGAUUUCUUAUUAUUAUUAUUUUUUGUGUAGAUACUAAGCCCACUUGACCAUUGAUUGAAAACCAAAAUGAUUCGCUUAUUUGAAAGGUUGGUCAUCAAGAAGGAAACAAUGAAUACUGUAAGGCGUUCAAUUUUCACAAACACACCGCUAAGCUUCCAGGUGACUCAAAUUCUCUGUGCUGAGCCAUUGAAGAAAAAGAAAAAGCUUGACCCUGCAAUUUUGAGAGCAAGAGAAGAAAAGAAAAAAAGGAAACUAGAGAAACAGAUCCGCCGUUUAGAGAAGAAUGCAAGACAACUCAAACCCUUAGAUGAAUGUGAAGUCCCUGAGACCCUCUAUAAACCUGAAGAUAUGAAAAUACGGACACGUCAAGUGGCACCCAUGAGUGAGUCGGAGGUGGACUCUCGUGUGAGGCUAAUGAAGGACUGGGCCAGACAUCGACAGAGACAGGCGCUUGAGGAUCUCAAGAUGAUUGAUCGGCUCGCGUACUCCCAGGCUCGAGCACUCGACAAGCUGCGUCAGGAAUCUGAGGAACUCUAUCAGGAAGCUAUUCAGAUUGACCCUGGUUUCUUGCCAUUCAAGGUUAAGGGCCCUGUUGUUACUCCACCAAUUGAAAACUAUGAUAGUCCUGAUGGAGAGUACGUAGAUGUAUCCAAGAAGUGGUGAUUUAAACUGUCAUUCUUUGUCAAAUGUCAUUCUUGUCACAACAUCUCAAUGUUUUAUGUAAAUAAAGUAGUAGCAAUAAAACA